UUGGGGACAUCCGGGCUCCCUAUGAACUUCUCCAACAGGAAGGAACGAGGGUCUGUUUCCUUUUCCUCCCAGAGGCUCCUUGGCCUAAAUGCAGAUUGGACCAGUGGAUUUCUAAUUAUUGGGAAGGCAAACCUUGGUCAGGACCCAGAAGAUAAUCUUAUUCAGCAGGCUCCUGCCGCAGUGCCUGAAGACCUCUCAUUAGAAGAGAGAGAAGAACUUUUAGACAUUCGUCGAAGAAAAAAGGAACUUAUUGAUGACAUCGAGAGGCUGAAAUAUGAGAUCGCAGAAGUGAUGACAGAGAUUGACAAUCUGACGUCCGUGGAGGAGAGCAAGACGACUCAGAGGAACAAGCAGAUAGCCAUGGGAAGGAAGAAGUUCAACAUGGACCCCAAAAAGGGAAUUCAGUUUCUAAUAGAAAACGACCUGCUGCAGAGCUCCCCGGAGGACGUGGCCCAGUUCCUGUACAAAGGAGAAGGCCUGAAUAAGACCGUGAUCGGGGACUACCUCGGUGAGAGGGAUGAAUUUAAUAUUAAAGUUCUUCAGGCUUUUGUGGAACUCCACGAGUUUGCCGAUCUCAACCUUGUACAGGCCUUACGACAGUUUCUGUGGAGCUUCAGACUCCCGGGUGAGGCCCAGAAAAUCGACCGCAUGAUGGAGGCGUUCGCGUCUCGCUACUGCCUGUGCAACCCGGGCGUCUUCCAGUCCACAGACACAUGCUACGUCCUGUCCUUUGCCAUCAUCAUGCUCAACACCAGCCUCCACAACCACAAUGUGCGCGACAAGCCCACGGCCGAGCGGUUCAUCACCAUGAACCGGGGCAUCAACGAGGGCGGGGACCUCCCCGAGGAGCUGCUGCGGAACUUGUACGAGAGCAUCAAGAACGAGCCGUUCAAGAUCCCGGAGGACGAUGGCAAUGACCUGACACACACGUUCUUCAACCCCGACCGGGAGGGCUGGCUCCUGAAGCUGGGGGGGCGCGUGAAGACCUGGAAGCGGCGCUGGUUCAUCCUCACCGACAACUGCCUCUACUACUUUGAAUACACAACGGAUAAGGAGCCCAGGGGCAUCAUCCCGCUGGAGAACCUGAGCAUCCGGGAGGUGGAAGACCCGCGGAAACCCAACUGUUUUGAGCUUUACAACCCAAGCCACAAAGGGCAGGUCAUCAAAGCCUGUAAGACGGAGGCGGAUGGCCGGGUGGUGGAGGGUAACCAUGUGGUGUACCGCAUCUCCGCGCCCAGCCCCGAAGAGAAGGAGGAGUGGAUGAAGUCCAUCAGAGCGAGUAUCAGUCGGGACCCGUUCUAUGACAUGUUGGCUACCAGGAAAAGGAGGAUUGCCAAUAAGAAGUAGCUUUCCUGGCCCAAACAGGCCCCCGUCCCUGCCUCAUCCGUGCAGGCACACCCGGUGUGCGUACUUCAGAGGCCAUCGCCUCCCCUGUGCAAAAUGAAAGUCCAAGAAGGAAACCCUCAGGCUGUACGCUCUUAGGAGGAGACCCCAGGAGCAGGAGUAACUGUUCCUGGGAGCUGCCUUGAUGCUGCGACUGAAUGGCUGUGGCCCUUGUCCCUGGUGCAGCUGGUCAUGCCAGACCGCCGAGGGUCUGAGCCCAGGACUCCAACAUGCAUCAGACUGAUUGGUUUUGGUUCAUUCCCAAGCCUUUAGGCUUCGCUACUCUACUGAUACCUCAAAUUCAAAACUUUAGUUUUGAGAAAGGCAAGUCUGCAUUCCUGAAAUGCCUGACUGGUAUAUAUGCAACUCCGGCCUCCAGUCUUCCACGAAAGGAGACGCUGCCUGGACCACGACCACACACUGCUGCCCCGACCCCUCGGGCUGGCCGCGCCCCCCCCCCCCCCCCCGCACCGAGCGCCUGUGGCGCCAGCUAGGCGAGUAUCUCACACAGGAACCCUCUCUCCUUUGUCUGACCCAGGUAUGACCCUGGGGACACAGGGCGUUCUGCCUUCGGGGUCUGCCUCAGAGUGGGGUUGGGAGACAGGAGCAUACGGAAACACCUGUGAGAAGUGCGUUUCUCUGACCACCUGUGAAGGAGCCUCACCUGAUGGCUGUUUCCCCAGGAACGAUGCAGAAGGCCGUGGUGCUUAGAAUCCGUGUAACUUGCCAUCCGAGUGUUACGAGAAACCAUGGAAUUGCAGGUUUCACUGUGACAGUAUUAACCCGACAGGCCUGAGACGUCACCUCCACGACGUCCUGCAGCUGGCCGGGUCCAGAAAACCCAUGGGGUCGGGGCUGUGCGGGCCUGGUGGUGUGAACCCCCACACAGUGGUGGUCAGCCUCCUCCCCACCCCGUCUGUGCUCAGUGCUUCAGUUCCUAGUGUUGACUCUGGCCACAGGGGAGCGUCACUCCAGAGACAAGGGCAGGAGGUGGGGGACGGGGGUCGCCGGCAACUUCCAGUCUUGCCAGCCACCGUCCCCACUUGAGGUUUAAUUGGAUGACCCUGGACAAGCAACAGCGUCUUCGUGAUCACGGGACAUUUUUGAGCAGUUGAAUGUGGUACCAAACCAAGUCAAAAUAGGAGCAAUUUAUAGAUGAAGCAGCAUUUAAUGCUUCAUAUAAAGCAAUGCAUAUUUUUCAAGUUAAAAUGCGUAUAUCUACAUAGAUGUGCUUUGCCGAGAAGUUAGGUCUGUUGUAGACCAGAAACCACACAUGGUGAUUUCUUGUUUUCUUAUUAUUUUCUUAGAAAACAUUUCUAUUUACAGUAAAUAUAGUUAUUAUGUAAAUAAUGUACAUAUCUAUAGAUUUCUGGAGUGUGUGUUACUCACUGUAUAUACUCCCACAACUUGCAUGAAGAAAUAUCCUGUAUCGAUAUUUUGUUGUAAAGUGAAUAGUUAGUAAAAUUGGAGGGCUGUCAAAUUGCAAAUACUGUGUUCAUUAAAUAAAAACGCAUUAUUACAACAA